AGCAAGGUUUCCAAGGGCUCUUACACAGUCAACAAACAUGGUCAGCGUAGCAACCAACACUGAUAUUAAAGGGUUGGUCCAUGCCCAUCUACCAGUGUUAACACCCAGGUAUCCAAUAAUACCAAAGUACUAUGUAAUGCCAUGGAAGCAAGACAUGAAAAACCAAACACUUAUAUUAAAGAAUGCAAAGCUUGCUGGGAUCCCCCAUGGACCUCAUGAGGUGACCCUGUUCUGGGAGCAACAUGAGCGACUUUGUCAUGGGGAGGAGAGGACAGGCCUGCUGGGAGAAAGUCGGUACAAAAUUCCUCAGAAACUGCUCAAUCCCCCUGUAACCUCUCUCUACUCCAAAUACCGGAGUACACUGAUCACCAGAAGACACAUGCCCUUUACUCAAUAACGUGUGUUUGCUUACAAAUACAUAAUGUUGUUUUGCAUGUUGUUGUGGAUAAAACACCUACUUCCAUCA